AUGGAACCCGGCCCUCAAUCUUCCACCUUCCAACCACUUUCACGUCGAGAAGAAGAUGAAUUCCAGAAACGGGUCAAGUUGGCGGCUUUGAAGCAAUGCGAUCCAGUAGUUGCUGCGUUUGCAUCCUGUUCGAGUACCCGAACUAUUAGUGUGGCAUGGGCAUGUCGGAAAGAAUGGAAGGCGGUCCAGGAGUGCAUGCAAAUACACAUGACUGAAGAAAAAAUAGACAUUGCAAGAAGAGAGUAUAUGUCCAAGCGAGAAGAACUUCGAGUACCAUACAAGAAAUUGAGCUGA